AUGACUAAGGAAGAACCUAUUAACAAUAAGACCACUGAAUCUCGAGACCAGCCUGUUACAACGUCCGGUUUCGAAUGGUAUAGAAGAUCUUUUCAAUACAAUACCGGUUUGGGUCUCACACCUGAGUUGAAGGAGACCUAUGAAAAGGAUUACAAAGAUAUACUGCAAAGCAAGCAAUGCACUUCUUGUUAUCAGAGCAGAGACUGGCUACUGACCUAUUCUCCUACGAUAAGGUUUAUGAUUCAACAAAUAAAGAAACUAGAAAGAGUGAGAAAUUUUAAUGAUCCAAUCAAUAAAUCAUUGAUAAAAUUCGAUGAAAGUAAAAUCAUUUGCGACUUCUGUCCAGAUUGGAAAAGUGGUGGGUUUCAUCCGGAGAUUGGAAUUCUAUUAUGCCAGAAUAGAUUCAAGAAUAAAUGGCAUUUGGAAGACACUUUGAGUCACGAAUUAGUUCAUUGGUAUGAUAAUUUGAAAUGGAAUGUCGAUUGGACAAAUUUAAGUCAGCAUGCUUGUUCUGAGAUUAGAGCCUCUUCACUAAGUGGAGAAUGUAGAUUCUGGCAAGAAUUUUCAAGACGUGGCCUUGGAUUUGAAGUAGGUAGAGGUCAUCAAAAUUGCGUUAAGAGAAGAGCUGUAUUGAGUGUAAUGGGAAAUCCAAAUUGUAAGGAUAAGGAACAUGCUGUUCGAAUUGUUGAUGAAGUAUGGGAAAGUUGUUUUAAUGAUACCAGACCAUUUGAUGAGAUAUACAGAUAA